AUGGCUGCGGCUCACAACUUCGACGUUCCGGCUGGGUACACUGUCCGUGUACGGAUUAUCGACACCACCUCGCAGAUUGAAAUGCGGAUUCGCAAGGCUAGUUUCGGCUCAGUCGCCAUAGGCAGGAAGAUUCAAGAGGCCGCCGCAAAAAGCACCUUGAAACGCGUCACCUUGGAGCUUGGAGGCAAGAGUCCAGCCGUGAUCUUCGAGAAUGCAAAUCUUGAGAAUGCGCUCACAUGGACAAUAAACGCUAUCUUGACAGGCAGUGGGCAGCUUUGCGUCGCCGCAUCGCGAGUUGCGCACUGGAGCUGCCAGUUGGGGCUGAGAUCCCCGUUCCCUCCGAGCCUGCGAAUGAUUGUCCCACGUCAAUAUGUCUACCGUUUGUCCAUGUGGAACCCAGUGAAAUGGGCAUGA